AUGGCAGACGACGGGGAAGUUCAGUGCCUGUUUGAAAGGAAACCGAAGAUUGCCAAUCAUCGAUCAAGGCUGAACACUGACAAGGCGACAGGGGAUAUCCACCGUAAUACUCACAAACGUAAAGAAUGUAACAACCCGUUCAUGAAUCCACUAAUACGAACAAAAAUAUACCGAUGCCAACUGAACGCGAAAGAAGAAUCCUGUUGUUGCAGCUGUAAUUCCGAUGCCAUGUUCGAGGUAAUGAAAAGUCUUUACGACUGUUAUAAAAAAAAGAACUGCACGAACUGUGAGUGCAUAUUAUGCGGGUUAGGACCCCGAGGAGAACGGUUGGCAGGAGAAUUGCGCAAGUCUGUAGGAGUUGAAGCAGGUCCAAGACCUACAAAAGACGUUGAAAAAUUUGAUAAAGCUAAGGCUGCAGGAUUUAUAACACCUUUGGAAGGUAAAACACCUGAGGAGAAAGAAAAAAUAUUACGAGGAUUAGCUAAACACGGCCAGCCUUUACCAGAAGGAAAAACACCUUCCGAAAAAAAACUUAUUGAAAAAGUAAGAAAGGAAAUGGGACUUCCACCUGAGCCGAAAACGGCUUCAGAAAAAAUUAGAAUGGCGAAAUCUCACGCCGCCGGUAUAAUUACACCUUUAGAAGGUAAAACACCGUCACAAAAAGAGAAGGCAUUAAAAAAAAUGGCAGAAGCAGGCGUUCAAUUACCCGAGGGUCGCACGCCUUCAGAAAAAGCUUUAAUAGCAAAAGUAAAAGCCACAACAGCUAAAAAACCAUCAGCAGCAAAAGUACCAUCUGAAAAAGUACGAAAAGCUAAAGAUGAAGGCUUACUGACUCCGUUAGAAGGAAAAACCGCAGAACAAAAAGAAAAAAUAGUGCGAGGUUUAGCUAAAGCUGGUAUGCCAUUACCCGAAGGAAAAACUGCAUCUGAAAAGAAACUCAUUCAAAAGGUAAGAAAAGAUAUGGGUCUACCACCGGAACCAAAAACGGCAGCUGAAAAAGCAAAACUAGACAAAGCAUAUGCCGCAGGUAUAAUAACACCUUUAGAGGGUAAAACCCCUGAACAAAAAGAGAAAGUAUUGCGAAAGAUGGCUGAAGCAGGAGUUCCUUUACCAGAAGGUCGAACACCUUCAGAAAAGGCUUUAAUAGAUAAGAUCAAAGGAACAGCUGUCAAAGUACCGUCUGAAAAGUUACGCAAAGCGAAAGCUGAAGGCCUACUAACGCCCUUAGAAGGAAAAACACCCGCCGAAAAGGAAAAGAUUUUAAAAGGCCUAGCUAAAGCUGGCAUUCCGUUGCCAGAAGGCAAAACAUCAUCCGAAAAGAAACUAAUUGAAAAAGUAAGAAAAGAAAUGGGAUUACCACCCGAAGCAAAAACACCAUCCGAAAAAGCUAGAAUGGCAAAAUCCUACGCUGCAGGAGUAGUAACGCCUUUAGAGGGCAAAACACCAUCGCAAAAAGAAAAAGCAUUAAAGAAGAUGGCCGAAGCCGGAGUUCCCCGGCCAGAAGGACGAACUCCUUCAGAAAAAGCCUUAAUAGCAAAGGUCAAAGCAACAACUGCCAAAGUACCGUCUGAAAAGUUAGCGAAAGCGAAAGCUGAAGGAUUACUGACACCAUUAGAAGGGAAAACGCCAGCUGAGAAGGAAAAGAUUUUAAAGGAAGGGCGAACUCCCUCCGAAAAAGCACUCAUAGCUAAGGUUAAAGCCACAACAGCACGAGUUCCAUCAGCAGCAAAAGUUCCAUCUGAGAAAUUACGUAAAGCAAAAGCCGAGGGUCUACUGACACCAUUAGAAGGGAAAACACCAGCUGAGAAGGAAAAGAUUUUAAAGGGUUUGGCUAAAGCUGGCAUUCCCUUACCAGAAGGCAAAACAGCAUCCGAAAAGAAACUAAUUGAAAAAGUUAGAAAGGAAAUGGGAUUGCCACCUGAACCGAAGACAGCAGCGGAACGAGCAAAAAUGGAAAAAGCUAUAGCUGCCGGUGCUGUAACUCCAUUGGAAGGAAAAACACCAUCUCAGAAAGAAAAAGCACUAAGAAAAAUGGCAGAAGCUGGUGCUCCAUUACCAGAAGGAAGAACACCAUCAGAAAAGGCUUUAAUAGAAAAGGUAAAAGCUACGACUGCUCGGAUACCAUCUGAGAAGUUACGGAAAGCAAAAGAAGCAGGACUGUUGACGCCAUUAGAAGGAAAAACACCAGCUGAGAGAGAGAAAAUAUUAAAAGGCCUAGUUAAAGCCGGUAUACCCUUGCCGGAAGGCAAAACUGCUUCAGAAAAAAAAAUUAUUGAUAAAGUGAGAAAGGAAAUGGGAUUACCACCUGAACCAAAAACACCAUCCGAAAAAGCUAGAAUGGCAAAAUCCUACGCUGCAGGAGUAGUAACGCCUUUAGAGGGCAAAACACCAUCGCAAAAAGAAAAAGCAUUAAAGAAGAUGGCCGAAGCCGGAGUUCCCCUGCCAGAAGGACGAACUCCUUCAGAAAAAGCCUUAAUAGCAAAGGUCAAAGCAACAACUGCCAAAGUACCGUCUGAAAAGUUAGCGAAAGCGAAAGCUGAAGGAUUACUGACACCAUUAGAAGGGAAAACGCCAGCUGAGAAGGAAAAGAUUUUAAAGGGUUUGGCUAAAGCUGGCAUACCUUUGCCGGAAGGCAAAACCGCGUCAGAAAAGAAACUCAUCGAAAAAGUAAGAAAGGAAAUGGGAUUACCGCCUGAACCAAAAACGCCAUCCGAAAAAGCUAGAAUGGCUAAAUCCUACGCUGCAGGAUUAGUUACGCCAUUAGAGGGCAAAACACCGUCGCAGAAAGAAAGAGCAUUGAAAAAGAUGGCCGAAGCGGGAGUUCCAUUACCAGAAGGGCGAACUCCCUCCGAAAAAGCACUCAUAGCUAAGGUUAAAGCCACAACAGCACGAGUUCCAUCAGCAGCAAAAGUUCCAUCUGAGAAAUUACGUAAAGCAAAAGCCGAGGGUCUACUGACACCAUUAGAAGGGAAAACACCAGCUGAGAAGGAAAAGAUUUUAAAGGGUUUGGCUAAAGCUGGCAUUCCCUUACCAGAAGGCAAAACAGCAUCCGAAAAGAAACUAAUUGAAAAAGUUAGAAAGGAAAUGGGAUUGCCACCUGAACCGAAGACAGCAGCGGAACGAGCAAAAAUGGAAAAAGCUAUAGCUGCCGGUGCUGUAACUCCAUUGGAAGGAAAAACACCAUCUCAGAAAGAAAAAGCACUAAGAAAAAUGGCAGAAGCUGGUGCUCCAUUACCAGAAGGAAGAACACCAUCAGAAAAGGCUUUAAUAGAAAAGGUAAAAGCUACGACUGCUCGGAUACCAUCUGAGAAGUUACGGAAAGCAAAAGAAGCAGGACUGUUGACGCCAUUAGAAGGAAAAACACCAGCUGAGAGAGAGAAAAUAUUAAAAGGUUUAGUGAAAGCUGGUAUACCCCUACCUGCGGGAAAAACACCGUCUGAGAAAAAACUAAUUGAAAAAGUUAGAAAAGAUAUGGGAUUGCCACCCGAACCAAAAACGUCAGCAGAAAGAAAAAUGCGAAAAGCAAAAGCUGAAGGGCUACUAACACCACUAGAAGGGAAAACACCAGCCGAGAAAGAAAAGAUUUUGAAGGGUUUGGCUAAAGCUGGCAUUCCUUUGCCGGAAGGUAAAACCCCGUCUGAGAAGAAACUUAUUGAAAAAGUAAGAAAGGAAAUGGGAUUACCACCCGAACCAAAAACACCAUCCGAAAAAGCAAGAAUGGCAAAGUCAUAUGCCAAAGGCUUAGUUACACCUUUAGAAGGUAAAACACCGUCUCAAAAAGAAAGAGCAUUAAAAAAGAUGGUUGAAGCAGGUGUUCCUUUACCAGAAGGACGAACUCCCUCCGAAAAAGCUUUAAUAGCAAAGGUUAAAGCAACUACUGCCAAAAUACCGUCUGAGAAAUUACGGAAAGCAAAAGAAGAAGGUUUGUUAACACCAUUAGAAGGUAAGACACCGGCUGAGAAGGAAAAGAUACUAAAAGGCUUAGCUGCAGCAGGCAUACCCCUACCAGAGGCAAAAACAGCGUCCGAGAAGAAACUAAUUGAGAAAGUAAGAAAGGAUAUGGGACUGCCACCUGAACCAACAACAGCAGCGGAAAAAGAAAAAAUGGCUAAAGCUUAUGGUAAAGGCGUUGUAACGCCUUUAGAAGGAAAGACCCCAUCCCAGAAAGAACAAGCACUAAGGAAAAUGGUGGAAGCGGGCGCUCCACUGCCUGAAGGUCGCACGCCUUCUGAAAAAGCUUUGAUUGAAAAGGUCAAAGCCACGACUGCUCGAAAACCUUCAGCACCUAAAGUUCCAUCUGAAAAGUUACGAAAAGCAAAAGAAGAAGGCCUACUUACACCAUUAGAAGGAAAAACACCAGCUGAAAAAGAAAAGAUUUUGAAGGGUUUGGCUAAAGCUGGCAUUCCUUUGCCGGAAGGUAAAACCCCGUCUGAGAAGAAACUUAUAGAAAAAGUGCGAAAGGAAAUGGGAUUACCACCUGAACCAAAAACGCCAUCCGAAAAAGCAAGAAUGGCGAAAUCAUAUGCAAAAGGUUUAGUUACACCUUUAGAAGGCAAAACACCGUCGCAAAAAGAAAAAGCAUUGAAAAAGAUGGUUGAAGCAGGUGUUCCUUUACCAGAAGGACGAACUCCUUCCGAAAAAGCACUCAUUGCUAAGGUUAAAGCAACAACUGCAAAAAUACCGUCUGAAAAGUUACAAAAGGCAAAAGAAGAAGGCCUGCUUACGCCGCUAGAAGGAAAAACACCAGCCGAGAAGGAAAAGAUUCUAAAGGGCUUAGCUAAAGCUGGCAUCCCCUUGCCGGAAGGAAAAACUCCAUCAGAAAAGAAACUAAUUGAAAAAGUAAGACAAGAAAUGGGCUUACCACCCGAGCCAAAAACACCAUCUGAAAAAGCAAGAAUGGCAAAAUCAUAUGCCAAAGGCUUAGUUACACCUUUAGAAGGUAAAACCCCAUCUCAAAAAGAAAGAGCAUUAAAAAAAAUGGUUGAAGCAGGUGUUCCUUUACCAGAAGGGCGAACUCCCUCCGAAAAAGCUUUAAUAGCAAAGGUUAAAGCAACUACUGCCAAAAUACCGUCUGAGAAAUUACGGAAAGCAAAAGAAGAAGGUUUGUUAACACCAUUAGAAGGUAAGACACCGGCUGAGAAGGAAAAGAUACUAAAAGGCUUAGCUGCAGCAGGCAUACCCCUACCAGAGGCAAAAACAGCGUCCGAGAAGAAACUAAUUGAGAAAGUAAGAAAGGAUAUGGGACUGCCACCUGAACCAACAACAGCAGCGGAAAAAGAAAAAAUGGCUAAAGCUUAUGGUAAAGGCGUUGUAACGCCUUUAGAAGGAAAGACCCCAUCGCAGAAAGAACAAGCACUAAGAAAAAUGGUGGAAGCGGGCGCUCCAUUACCUGAAGGUCGCACGCCUUCUGAAAAAGCUUUAAUUGAAAAGGUCAAAGCCACGACUGCUCGAAUACCUUCUGCGCCUAAAGUUCCAUCUGAAAAGUUACGAAAAGCAAAAGAAGAAGGCCUACUUACACCAUUAGAAGGAAAAACACCAGCUGAAAAAGAAAAAAUUUUGAAGGGGUUGGCUAAAGCUGGCAUUCCAUUGCCGGAAGGUAAAACACCAUCAGAAAAGAAACUUAUCGAGAAAGUGAGAAAAGAAAUGGGAUUACCACCUGAACCAAAAACACCAUCCGAAAAAGCCAAAAUGGCUAAAUCCUACGCUGCAGGAUUAGUUACGCCUUUAGAGGGCAAAACACCAUCGCAAAAAGAAAAAGCAUUGAAAAAGAUGGCCGAAGCCGGAAUACCUUUACCAGAGGGACGAACUCCUUCCGAAAAAGCACUCAUAGCUAAGGUUAAAGCCACAACUGCGCGAAUCCCAUCAGCAGUGAAAGUUCCAUCUGAAAAAUUACGUAAAGCGAAAGCUGAAGGUUUACUUACGCCACUAGAAGGUAAAACACCAGCUGAGAAAGAAAAAAUAUUGAAAGGGUUAGCCAAAGCUGGUAUACCUCUACCUGCAGGAAAAACUCCGUCUGAGAAAAAACUUAUUGAAAAAGUUAGGAAAGAUAUGGGACUACCACCAGAACCAACUACUUCAGCAGAGCGAGCCAAAAUGGACAAAGCUAUUGCAGAUGGCAUUGUUCUGCCAUUGGAAGGCAAAACUCCCGCUGAAAAGGAAAAAAUUCUUCGCAACAUGGCUGAAGCAGGUAUACCUUUGCCCGAAGGGCGAACGCCAUCUGAAAAAGCUUUAAUAGAUAAAAUUAAAGCUAAACCGGGUGUGAUACCGCCUUCAGCAAAAGUACCUUCGGAAAAAUUACGUAAAGCAAAGGCUGCUGGCUUACUUACACCGUUGGAAGGAAAAACACCAGAACAGAAAGAAAAAAUAUUAAAAGGUUUAGCAAUGCACGGUAUUCCACUGCCAGAAGGAAAAACCGAGUCAGAGAAAAAACUGAUUGAUAAAGUAAGACAAGAUGUCGGCCUUCCGCCAGAACCAAAAACAGCAGCAGAUAAAGAAAAAUACAACAAAGCCUUAGCUGCUGGUGCAAUUACUCCUCUUGAAGGAAAAACAGCAUCACAAAAAGAAAAUAUUUUAAGAAAGCAAGCUGAAUUGGGAAUACCUCUUCCCGAAGGACGAACUCCUUCUGAAAAGGCUUUAAUAGCAAAAAUCAAAGGUGAGAUGCCGCCAGAAAAGAAAGAAGUGGAAUUUGAAAAGCCUCCUGGAAUGCCAUCCGAAAAACUGCGAAAAAAAAUGGCUGAAGCCGGUGUACCGUUACCAGAAGGACGGACUGCUUCAGAAAAAGCAUUGAUAGAAAAAGUUAAAGCCACAACCGCCAGAGUUCCGUCAGCGCCUAAAGUACCGUCAGAAAAAUUACGUAAAGCGAAAGCCGAAGGUUUACUAACACCGUUAGAAGGAAAAACUCCGGAACAACAGGAAAAGAUACUUAGGGGCUUAGCCAAGGAAGGAAUUCCCCUACCAGAAGGAAAAACACCAUCGCAGAAGAAAUUAAUUGAGAAAGUACGGAAGGAUAUGGGACUACCGUCAGAACCGAAAACUCCCUCAGAAAAAGCAAGAUUAGCUAAAUCAUACGCGAAAGGAAUAAUUACACCACUAGAAGGCAAAACUCCAUCCCAAAAAGAAAAAGCACUGAGAAAAAUGGCAGAAGCAGGGGUUCCCUUACCAGAAGGACGAACACCAUCUGAAAAAGCUUUGAUCGCAAAAGUAAAAGCCACGACUGCGAAAUUGCCGUCAGCAGCCAAGACUCCGUCUGAAAAAUUACGUAAAGCGAAAGCUGCAGGAGUUCUUACGCCAUUGGAGGGGAAAACACCAGAACAGAAGGAAAAGAUUUUGAAAGGUAUGGUAAAAGCUGGCGUACCUUUACCAGAAGGAAAAACACCAUCAGAAAAGAAGCUAAUUGAAAAAGUCAGAAAGGAAAUGGGACUGCCACCUGAACCGAAAACAUCGGCAGAAAGGGUUAAAAUGGCGAAGUCGUAUGCAGCAGGUGUAAUUACACCUUUAGAGGGAAAAACUCCCUCACAAAAGGAAAGAGCACUCCGUAAGAUGGCCGAGGCAGGUAUUCCUUUGCCAGAAGGACGGACUCCUUCAGAAAAAGCUUUAAUAGAAAAAGUCAAGAAGACUACUGCUCGUAUACCAUCAGAAAAAUUACGCAAAGCAAAAGCUGAAGGCCUAAUGACGCCUUUAGAGGGAAAAACACCAGAACAAAAAGAAAAAAUACUUAGAGGUUUAGCUAAAGCUGGAAUACCUUUGCCAGAAGGGAAAACGCCGUCAGAAAAGAAACUUAUUGACAAAAUUAGAAAGGAAAUGGGACUACCGCCUGAAGCAAAAACGUCAGCAGAAAGAGCAAAGAUGGCAAAAUCGUAUGCAGCAGGCAUUAUCACCCCUCUCGAAGGUAAAACUCCAUCGCAAAAAGAAAGGGCUCUACGAAAAAUGGCAGAAGCUGGCGUUCCUUUACCAGAAGGUAGAACUGCUUCAGAAAAAGCUUUGAUAGCCAAAGUUAAAGCUACAACAGCUAAAGCGCCGUCAAUCCCAUCUGAAAAAUUACGUAAAGCAAAAGCUGCAGGAGUUCUUACACCGUUGGAAGGUAAAACACCUGAACAAAAAGAAAAGAUUUUGAAAGGUAUGGUAAAAGCUGGUGUACCUUUACCAGAAGGAAAAACACCAUCAGAAAAGAAGCUAAUUGAAAAAGUCAGAAAGGAAAUGGGACUGCCACCCGAACCGAAAACAUCGGCAGAAAGGAUCAAAAUGGCCAAGUCGUAUGCAGCAGGUGUAAUAACACCUUUGGAAGGAAAAACUCCGUCACAGAAAGAAAGAGCAUUGAAAAAAAUGGCUGAAGCAGGUAUUCCCUUACCAGAAGGCCGAACUGCUUCGGAAAAAGCUUUAAUAGCAAAGGUUAAAGCAACAACUGCCAAAGUACCAUCUGAGAAGUUAGCGAAAGCAAAAGCUGAAGGAUUGCUGACGCCACUAGAAGGAAAAACUCCAGAACAAAAAGAAAAAAUACUCAGAGGCUUAGCUAAAGAAGGAAUUCCUUUGCCGGAAGGUAAAACACCAUCAGAAAAGAAACUUAUCGAGAAAGUGAGAAAAGAAAUGGGAUUACCACCUGAACCAAAAACACCAUCCGAAAAAGCCAAAAUGGCUAAAUCCUACGCUGCAGGAUUAGUUACGCCUUUAGAGGGCAAAACACCAUCGCAAAAAGAAAAAGCAUUGAAAAAGAUGGCCGAAGCCGGAAUACCUUUACCAGAGGGACGAACUCCUUCCGAAAAAGCACUCAUAGCUAAGGUUAAAGCCACAACUGCGCGAAUCCCAUCAGCAGUGAAAGUUCCAUCUGAAAAAUUACGUAAAGCGAAAGCUGAAGGUUUACUUACGCCACUAGAAGGUAAAACACCAGCUGAGAAAGAAAAAAUAUUGAAAGGGUUAGCCAAAGCUGGUAUACCUCUACCUGCAGGAAAAACUCCGUCUGAGAAAAAACUUAUUGAAAAAGUUAGGAAAGAUAUGGGACUACCACCAGAACCAACUACUUCAGCAGAGCGAGCCAAAAUGGACAAAGCUAUUGCAGAUGGCAUUGUUCUGCCAUUGGAAGGCAAAACUCCCGCUGAAAAGGAAAAAAUUCUUCGCAACAUGGCUGAAGCAGGUAUACCUUUGCCCGAAGGGCGAACGCCAUCUGAAAAAGCUUUAAUAGAUAAAAUUAAAGCUAAACCGGGUGUGAUACCGCCUUCAGCAAAAGUACCUUCGGAAAAAUUACGUAAAGCAAAGGCUGCUGGCUUACUUACACCGUUGGAAGGAAAAACACCAGAACAGAAAGAAAAAAUAUUAAAAGGUUUAGCAAUGCACGGUAUUCCACUGCCAGAAGGAAAAACCGAGUCAGAGAAAAAACUGAUUGAUAAAGUAAGACAAGAUGUCGGCCUUCCGCCAGAACCAAAAACAGCAGCAGAUAAAGAAAAAUACAACAAAGCCUUAGCUGCUGGUGCAAUUACUCCUCUUGAAGGAAAAACAGCAUCACAAAAAGAAAAUAUUUUAAGAAAGCAAGCUGAAUUGGGAAUACCUCUUCCCGAAGGACGAACUCCUUCUGAAAAGGCUUUAAUAGCAAAAAUCAAGAAAGAAGUAGCAAUCGAAAAGCCUCCACGAGUGCCAUCGGAAAAAUUGCGAAAAGCAAAAGAAGAGGGAUUACUUACACCGUUAGAAGGAAAAUCGCCCGAGGAAAAGGAGAAAAUUUUAAGAGGUUUGGCUAAAAAAGGUUUACCUCUACCUGAAGGAAAAACUGCUUCUGAUAAAAAAUUGAUAGCCAAAAUUAAAAAAGAGAUGGGACUACCACCCGAACCAAAAACACCUUCUGAAAAAGCGAGAAUAGCAAAAUCCUAUGCAAAGGGGUUAAUUACGCCUCUUGAAGGCAAAACUCCAUCUCAGAAAGAAAGAGCUCUUAAAAAAAUGGCUGAAGCUGGCGUACCGUUACCAGAAGGACGAACUGCAUCAGAGAAAGCAUUAAUAGCAAAAGUAAAAGCCACUACAGCUCGAGUACCAUCUGCUGUAAAAGUUCCCUCAGAAAAACUUCGUAAAGCAAAAGCUGAAGGAUUAAUAACCCCGUUAGAAGGAAAAACUCCGGCACAAAAAGAAAAAAUACUUAAAGGGUUAGCUAAAGCUGGUAUACCACUGCCUGAAGGUAAAACACCUUCCGAAAUAAAAUUAAUAGAAAAAGUUAGAAAAGACAUGGGCUUACCACCCGAACCAAAGACAUCAGCGGAACGACGCAAAAUUGAUAAAGCUAUUGCAGACGGCAUAGUGUUACCACUCGAAGGAAAAUCUCCUGCCGAAAAGGAAAAAAUACUUAAAAAAAUGGCAGAGGCGGGUAUCCCUCUACCCGAAGGGCGAACUCCGUCAGAAAAAGCUUUAAUUGAUAAAAUUAAAGCGGCCAAACCUGAAAUCGCGGCCGUACCAUCCGAAAAACUUCGUGAGGCCAAAGCGGCUGGAUUACUUACACCAUUAGAAGGAAAAGCACCAGCAGAACAGGAAAAGAUAUUAAAAGGCUUAGCUAAAGCAGGAAUUCCGUUGCCAGAAGGCAAGACACCAUCAGAAAAGAAGUUAAUUGAAAAAGUAAGAAAAGAUAUGGAAAAGGUUAAAGCUACAACAGCUCGAGUACCAUCAGAAAAACUACGCGAAGCGAAAGCUGCGGGACUACUUACACCAUUAGAAGGGAAAACACCAGCAGAGAAAGAAAAGAUACUUAAAGGAUUAGCUCAAGCUGGUAUACCAUUACCGGAGGGGAAAACGCCGUCUGAAAAGAAACUUAUUGAAAAAGUGCGAAAGGACAUGGGACUUCCACCCGAGCCAAAAACUUCAGCAGAAAGAGCAAAAAUGGCAAAGUCAUAUGCAGCAGGCGUCAUAACACCCUUGGAGGGGAAAACUCCAUCCCAAAAAGAAAAAGCCCUCCGUAAAAUGGCUGAAGCAGGCGUUCCCUUACCAGAAGGACGAACUGCUUCGGAAAGAGCUUUGAUAGCUAAAGUUAAAGCUACGACUGCUCGAGUCCCAUCAGCAGUAAAAGUUCCUUCAGAAAAACUUCGUAAAGCGAAAGCUGAAGGAUUAAUAACUCCGUUAGAAGGAAAAACUCCAGAACAAAAAGAAAAAAUACUUAAAGGUUUAGCUAAAGCUGGCAUACCUCUACCUGCAGGCAAAACAGCCUCUGAGAAAAAACUAAUUGAAAAAGUUAGAAAAGAUAUGGGGCUGCCCCCCGAACCAAAAACGUCAGCGGAACGAGCAAAAAUGGACAAAGCUGUUGCAGAUGGCAUAAUAGUACCACUAGAAGGGAAAACUCCAGCUGAAAAGGAAAAAAUACUUCGUAAAAUGGCAGAAGCGGGUAUUCCUUUACCUGAAGGGCGAACUCCUUCAGAAAAAGCUUUGAUAGAUAAAGUCAAAGCCACUGCAGCUGCUGUACCAUCUGAAAAAUUACGGAAAGCGAAAGCGGAAGGUCUGCUUACACCACUGGAAGGAAAAACACCAUCUGAGAAGGAAAAGAUUUUGAAGGGUCUAGCUAAAGCUGGCGUUCCUUUGCCAGAAGGCAAAACUGCGUCAGAGAAAAAACUCAUCGAGAAAGUAAGAAAGGAAAUGGGAUUACCACCAGAACCAAAAACACCAUCUGAAAAAGCUAAAAUGGCAAAAUCUUACGCUGCAGGAUUAGUUACGCCUUUAGAAGGCAAAACUCCAUCUCAAAAAGAAAGAGCAUUGAAAAAAAUGGCUGAAGCAGGUGUUCCUUUACCAGAAGGUCGAACUCCCUCUGAAAAAGCUUUAAUUGCAAAGGUUAAAGCAACCACUGCCAAAAUACCGUCUGAAAAGUUAGCUAAAGCAAAAGCUGAAGGUUUGUUGACACCAUUAGAAGGUAAAACACCAGCAGAAAAGGAAAAGAUAUUAAAAGGCCUAGCUGCAGCCGGUAUACCCUUGCCAGAGGCAAAAACUGCGUCCGAGAAGAAACUAAUUGAGAAAGUAAGGAAAGACAUGGGUCUACCACCAGAACCAACAAUGGCAGCGGAAAAAGAAAAGCUGGCUAAAGCUUAUGGUAAAGGCGUUGUAACGCCUUUGGAAGGGAAAACCCCGUCCCAGAAAGAAAAAGCUCUAAAGAGAAUGGUGGAAGCGGGCGCUCCAUUACCCGAAGGUCGAACACCCUCAGAAAAAGCUUUGAUUGAAAAGGUCAAAGCCACGACUGCCCGGAUACCUUCAGCUCCUAAAGUACCAUCUGAAAAAAUAAGGAAAGCGAAAGCGGAAGGUCUGCUUACACCACUGGAAGGAAAAACACCAGCUGAGAAGGAAAAGAUUUUGAAGGGCCUAGCUAAAGCUGGCAUUCCUUUGCCAGAAGGCAAAACUGCGUCAGAGAAAAAACUCAUCGAGAAAGUAAGAAAGGAAAUGGGGUUACCACCUGAACCAAAAACACCAUCCGAAAAAGCUAGAAUGGCAAAAUCUUACGCUGCAGGAUUAGUUACGCCUUUAGAAGGCAAAACUCCAUCUCAAAAAGAAAGAGCUUUGAAAAAAAUGGCUGAAGCAGGUGUUCCUUUACCAGAAGGCAAAACUCCAUCUGAAAAAGAAUUAAUAAAAAAAGCUCGAGUAGCUGCUGGAUUGCCGCCAGAGCCAACACCAUCAGAGAAAAAAAAAAUGAAAUCUAGAGGCAUAACGCCUUCUAAAGUAAAAUCUAAAGCAGUAGGAGUAGGAGUAGGUGUAGCCAAACCAAAACCUGAAGGAAUUGAAGCUGAAGAAUUUGAAGAUGUAAUACGAACAACCAAAUGCGACCGAGGUUGCGGUUGUGAUAAGAAAAAAAUAAGAUUUAAACACAGCUACGUAAAAAUAAGAGUUACCUCCCCAGAUAUUUCUUCAUGGUGUGAUUGCCCAGAAGAGUGUAUACCUGGUGUUAAAGGCGGUGUUUUUCUUGAUAAUGAAGGAAUCAAAGUUACAGUCGGGAAAGCUUUAGGUGUUCCUUCAUAUGUUCAGGCAUCAGUAAUAAACAGUGACUUCUCUUCGACAUCCAAAGAUUCGAAACAGAGAGUAGAAGCCGGUCUCCACGAGGUUAUAGAUAUAGACUCGGAAUGCCUAAAGAGUGAAGUCAACUACUGCACAGCUGAAACCAAAUUAAGAAGGAUCAGCAAAAGUACAGCUUACGAAACGCACAGUAUGCUUCAGAUCAACCACUAA